AUGAAAAUUGUUGAACCAAGAUGUUCUGAUGGAGCAAGAGGACCUGCCGUGGGAUUUAUGAAGAGGCCCUGUAUAUUUGUUGUGAGGGAUGAUCUUCAAGUGUCACCAUUGACAACUACUUCUAGCAUUUCCUUCGUACAAGAGUUGCAUUUGCCAUUGGAUGAUUUUGACGAACAUUUGGUGGAAAUUAAGAACUCACGCGAGGCGCUAAACCUGUUGAGAGCUUCUUUGACAUCUAAAGCUGCUUUGACAGAUAGCCUAUUCUACUUACUGAAGAAAAGGAAAAAGGAAAUGGCUUGUUAUGGUUGGAUUUCGACACUUGCAAGAGAGGAUUAA